UGUCCUGGGGCAGACUCUACUGGCUGUGUUCACUUCUUGGUUGCAACUACCCUGGUACUGGUCCUUCCUUCACUUACCACCAUGUCUCGGCAGCUCAGCAUGGAUACUCUGUGGCAAAAUUUCUGGAAGGAGGAAUAUCUAAGGGAAAAGAUGUUGCGCUGUGAAUGGCACCACAAGUAUGGGUCACUGGUAAAGGCCAAGCAGAAGGCCAAGGCUGCAGCCCGCCUGCCCCUCAGACUGCCUACCUUGGCCUCCAAGGCCCCACUCUCACCCCCACCUGUCCCCAAAGCAGUACCUUCCAAGCCCCCCAGCCCUGUCCCAGAGGCUUCUUUUCAGUCAGAAAUGUACCCAGUACCGCCUGCCACCCGGGCCCUGCUGUAUGAGGGCAUCUCCCAUGACUCCCAGGGGCGUUACCGAUACCUCAACACCCGAAAACUGGACCUGCCAGAGUUGCGCUACUUCUUACCCAUCACCACCAACUUCACAUACGGCUGGCAGCUGGGCCCCCCAGUGAAGCAAGAACUGGUCUCCUGCAAGAUGUGCCGCAUUGAGUCUUUCUUCCGCAAGAACGGGGCCUUUGCGCUGCUGGACUCCCGAGACCUGGCCCUCUGACCCCAGCCUGGCAGCGAGCCGGCUUAGAGGAGAGAAGAAAUAACAGGUCUCCUGUUGGGACAGAGAUGUGGUGGGUGUUUAUAUCUGCUGUCCGGGCCCUCAGGCUGCAUUCUGGGCCUUUCAGACCGACCUGCGACCUCCCUCUUUCUUUUUCCUUAAGGCUUAUCUCCUUUAUCAUCCCUUUGGGGACCCAGCAAGGAUCAGAGGGGGCUGGGAAGGGUGGGCGCUAUUCUCGAGACGAGGGUCCUCAUCGCCAGCGGGCCACAGCAGCCCCUGGAAGUUCUGGGUGUUUCUAGGAAGGAGAGUGGCCUGUCAUUCAGAUGGGGGGGGGCGCCUUCCAUCACCCUCAAAC